AUGAAAGUUUUACCAUCAAAUUUACAAUAUGUUUUAAAAUAUUCAAGUAUCGAAUUUAUAAAAGAAUUUAUAAAAAUUCAAAUUCAACAAUAUGGUAAAAUUGAAAAAGUUGAACCAUUUAUUGGAAAUAAAACAUUAAUAUCAUUAAUUUUAAAGAAUAGAGAAGAAAGUAGAGAACAAUUAUUAGAAUUUUUCUUAUUUAAUAGUGGUUUAUACGAUUCAAAAUGUAAUGAUGAAAAAAAUAGUUUUUCAUUUGGAAAAAUAUAUGAUUUUGAAAAUUAUAAUUUAUUAAAUAAAAUCUAUGAUUUAUCAAUCUUUACAAAUCGUCUUUUCGUCACUAAACCAUUUAAUUUAACAAUUAAUCAAUCAUUUGAUGAAUUAUUAUUUACACAUAGAACAAAUUUAAUCCAUGUUUUAAAUAAACCAAUUAAACCACUUGAUUCAAAAUUAGAUAAAAUUAAUAAUAAAAUUAAAAAAAUCAGUAGCAAUAGUAGUGGUAGUAGUGGUAGUAGUAGUGGUAGUAAAAGUGGUAGUAGUGGUAGUAGUUGUGAUAUUGAAAAAUAUAAAUUAAAAAAAUUACAAAAAUUUAUAAUUAUUGAAACAAAACAAAUAGAAUUAUAUAAAGAUUACAUUUUAAAAUAUAAUGAAUCAAUUGAUGAAUUUCAUCAAUGUAAAGAUGAACUUGAUGAAUUUUAUUAUGGUGAUCAUUAUUUAAAUGCAUUCAAAGAUAAUAAAGAUGAAUUUAAAGAUAAAAAUGAUGGUUCUGAUGAAUCUUAUUUAAUUUCAUUUUUAAGAUAUAUUAAAUUAAGUAAACCAUCAAUUUCAAUACCAUUUAUAAUUAAUUUUUAUAAUGAAUAUAAAAAGAAAAUGAAUUUAAAGAAAUUUCAUAUGUUUCCAAUUUUAAAAUAUAUUAAAAAUAAUAAUAAUAAUCAAAAUUUAGAAAAACAACAAUCUUAUUCAUUAAUAAUAUCUGAUAAAUUAAUUAUAAAUUGGUUAAUUUCAUUUGAAAAUAAAGUUAUUUUAUCAGUAUUAUUAAAUGAUCAUUCUAUUGUUUUUACUGAUUUUCAAAUAAUUCAAUAUGCAUAUAAUUUUAAUAAUAAUAAUAGUAAUAAUAAUAAUAAUAAUAAUAAUGAUAGUAAAGAAGUAACAGGUCAAUUAAAUUCUUUUAAAUCAAUUCAAUCAUUUUAUUUAAAAGGCAAAGAGAAUUCAAUACAAGUAGAGCAACAAUCAAAAGAGUAUAUAUUUAGAUACCUAUUCAAGAAAUCAAUCCAACAAUGUGAUUUAAAUAAUUUGAAAAUUAUAGAUUCAUUAAAUAUUAAAGUUUUAGACUUUCAAUCUAAUGAUAAUGAUAAUGAUAAUGAUGAUGAUGAUUUCAUUUUACCAAAUACUCCAAUUAAACAAAUUAUUAAAUUAUUAAAUUAUUUAAAUCAAUCAAAAUUUAAAAGUUUUACAAAUGAAAAUUUAAAAAGAUUUUAUAAUCAAUUAGUUCGAUAUUAUAAAUCAUCACAAUCAUCAUCAUCAUCAGCAACAGAAGCAGCAUUUUUAGAAUUUAAAAUUGAAGAGAAUUUCAAAAUUAAAGAGAUUCAAGAAAUUAUUGUAAAUUCAAUUUUUAAAUUGGAUUUAAUUCAAUUACAAUUUUUAUUAAAUAAUUGUUGUAAAAAGGUUAAAUUUGAUUCAAAUAUAUUCGAUGAUUUAGUUGAAUCUUAUAAUCCUUCAAUUAAUACUAAAGCAAUCAUUUUCAAACAUGGAUAUGGAGCUAAUCGUAUAAUAUAUCAUUAUGGUGAUGAUGAUAGUAAUAAUGGUAAUGGUGAUGGUAAAGUUGCUACCGAUAUUACUGCAAUGAUCACUCUAAUAAAAUCAUUUUAUGAUAGAUUUAAAGAAUAUGUGCCUUUUAGUAAUGGUAUUAACAUAAUGAUUCAACAUCUUUAUAGAAAAUUAAUUCAACAUAAAGGUUUUACAAUUGAAAUGAUGGAAUCAGUACACCAAUAUAUUAAUAAUGGAAAUACUGGUUACCCAAGUUGGUUCAGUGAACCUGGAUUAUAUGAAACAUUUUAUUUUCUUCAUAUUAGAUCUCCAAAGUUUACAAAAUAUAUACUAUCAUUUCCACACGAAACUACUAUCCCUUAUAGUAGAUUUUAUGAUUGUAAUAAACAAUAUUCAAAUAUUCAAACACCUCCUGUCACUCUUAAUAAUAAUAAUAAUAAUAAUUCAAUUUCUUAUCAAAUUAGAAAUUAUUUAUUACCAAAUAUAUUCUCAUUUGAAUUUAUUUUUGGAAGGAAUUGUUCAUGUGGUAGUUUCAAGAAUUCAUUUGGUGAUUUAUUAAAAUCAUUGGUUAAUAAUUUAUUAUUUAAAUAUGCUGAAGAGUUAAUUUCAGUAUCAUAUUCAAAUUUGAUUUCUUUAGACACUGCCACAAAUCUCAAAUUUUUUGAAUCAAUUAAAAGACCAACUUUAUUUGUAGAGCUUUGUAAUCAAUAUUUUAAGGAUAAUAAUGAUUCUAUAAUUUAUGAUUAUUUUUUAAGUGGUGUUAAAAACAGAUUCUAA